AUGCGGACUCGUAGCUCAGCUGAUAGAGCUUGCGCUGUACAAAAGCGUGGGCGGCGUCCAUGCGUGGGUCCAGAUCUCAUCGAGGUUACUGAACUUCUCACAACUUCAACAUACGAAUUCAACCUGCCAAACAAAGGUUGCGUAAUAUGGCUUUAUGGGCUUGUGAAGACGCGAUGGACACCUGAUUCAAAGGCUACUCUUGCUGAAGCUGGUUCUCUUUCGGUCGGCUUGAACUUGGUUCGGUCAACCACUACUUUGAAUGCUCUUGGCGAUAAGCGAAACUUGGAGAACCUUUGCACAAGUACUGUGAGCUUCUUUUCUCAAGUGACAGAAAACAUACGCAACGUAAGUCAUGAUUGGAAAAGAGAUGGACUGUGUGCACGACACAGUAAAAAGCCGUGCUAUCCGGAUUUCGAUUGCCCCUGGGAUAUGCGUCCUCCUAUGGGACAGAUGAGUUCUACUGGUGGUAGCUACUCUCGAGAUCCAGUUUCGCGUAAUACAGAGCGUUCAAACUCGUAUAACUCCGUGACAGACACACUGAUUGCUUCGCUGGAACGAGGAAGCUGCAGUCGACAUAGUAGCAGUACUAGCAAAAUUAGCUGCAUGAGUAAUGAAGCCGCUCUAGCAGCCCAAAUGAAAUCGAAUCGUUUCGCAUUCCUAACUUGCCAGUCUUGUGACUCAUGUGCUUCCAGAAUAGCCAGCCAGAAGUGUUCAACGAUGCAAAAUAUUGACAGUAAUAAGCAGAAAAAGAAGAGGAAAGUAAGCUACGGAGAUGUUCGUAUUAUAUAUCGGGCGAAAGUGAAUCUGCUGAAACAUUACAACUCUCCCGUUCGACAAAACACUCGUGCUGAGGCGGGUCCAUCAAGCGAAAGUAGUUUCUCCAACUCACAAGAUAACGCAGAAGAUGAAAGAACAGACCCCGAAUACGCUGAGGGCUUAGCGGUGGAAGAUUCAAACAACCUAAACCCCGAAUCCGGAUCCGCUGCGACACCUGAAACAGAGACAAACAGUAUGAAAAAGUCUGCAUCAGGCACCGCAUUCCUAUUGACACGGGGUACGCAUGUUUUUGAUUUUGAGUUCAAGCUUCCCGCUGACUUACCGAGCUCAUUUGAACUUCCAACUAGCUGUUUAGCUGGUGGAGCAGCAGCUCGACUCUGCUAUGGGUUACGAAUUGAGAUCCGGAACUAUACGGCGCGGAUUCGGCACACACAACAGAGAGAAAUCAUUGUGUUUCGACCACUUGAGCUGACGCAUUUUCCCCGACUUCGAACCAUUCUGCUCCGAGGUCGACGGGAGCAAAGACAUGUGGAAGUCCUUCGGUUGUUUGCCACGCGUUUAAAACCCCGGCAGACCACUGGAUCGGACAAUCCGUCAUGCCGUUUAGGAGAUCGCAGCUUAGAAGAGAAUCCCUCAUUGUUUUCGCCUUCCAUCUCUCCUUCUUCGCAUACAUCACCGGAAAAAUCUGACCGAUCGCGACCGAUAACUCAGACGGACAAGGGAAGUGCACUAAGCAAGCCUAACGGAGAAAUUUGCCGAACAGGCACGAGUAAUUUGGUGGCUGUUGAAGCACACGGAGCCUCCGCCUAUUUUGAAGAUGUUAUCCAUGUUCCUCCACUGCCAGCCACGGGGUUAUUUGGAAGACAAAACCUGAUUCAGGUUGAAUACAUGCUUAUUUUACGAUUAAGAAUGGAAGGUGAUUCGGAAGGGAAACAGGAACAACGAAUGCAAAUCCCCAUUACUGUGGGUUCAGAUCCGACUCGCGAGACAUCUUUUAUCGGGUCCAAUGAAGUCGUGCCUUGCUAUGCGUCUUUUAAUUACGCUUCUGGAGAGGUAACUGAGUAUGAUCCCACGGUCCACGGUCCGCCAAAUCAAGUUCCCCGACAUUUGAGGCCAGUUUAUCGAUAUUUUAAACCUCGAGCGACUGCAGCAACGGUUAACCCCAGUGUCAUUCCUCCUCAGAUCGAGUCUUCUCGAUCCAGUUUAAUUCGACCAGACUCUCGGGUUCCAUCUGAGAGCAAAUCUUCUAUUGUCAUGCACGACACAUCAGAUUUAUCAGGCUCCGCACUUAUUGAAAGAAGGGGUACCCACGAAUUGCAGGGAUCAGGUGCUUUGUCGGCUGCCAUGGUUUCUAGAUCAUCAGCGCGAUUUUUGACACCAUCAACCGCAGAUGACAUCCUAACAACUGGUUAUUCAUCGUCUGCAAUUGAACCAGCAAUACGAUCAGCAGAAGAUGAAGGUUCAAGUGAUUCACCAUCCUUUCCCAUUUUGUCUAGGCAACAAUAUUUUGACAACGGAGACCGCAUCACUGUGAAUGACGAAGAAGAUCAAGGAUUGGAACCAGAAUUUUCAUCUGAAACACCCGGACCCAGUGGAUCACCCAAUCGAGGUAAUAUUGUAGAAAGUCGAAUUUCUUCUGGAAAUCUGAUGAGCAGUGCUAUGCGCUCGGACCGAUGGUUGCACUCCAAAUCAUCAAGGAAACAGUAUUCAUUUGAUCUCUGUUCGGAUCACACAGUUUCUGGUGACGAGGGUGAAUCAAUCAGUCCUAAUGGUCUAGUGGAAGAUGAUGCAUAUCUGUCGGAUGAAGAUCCUAUAUGCCUCAACUACACACGUGGCGGUUCAGAUAGCAGCUCCACAUCUGACCCGGAAGAGGUUGCAAACUUUGAUUCGUGUGAGGAAUUGGAUGAAACUCGAUUUUCCAAUCAUGCCAUUGACGAUUAUUAUUCUCCUCAACAUUCCACACACAGCGGACCUUCCACAUUAAAGAGAUUUGCCGGCAGUGCUCCACUUCAUCCUCAAGUGGAACAGCGACAGAGAUUUGAGUCAACUGCCAUCAUUAGGAGCACUGAUAAAAUGGUUCACACGGAAUCCAAGACCUCCAUAUGUGAAAAGACUGGCGCACGUCGAGCAGCAGGUAGAAUUCUGUAUCAGGCCUACUGGAAUAACCCUAAGGUAGCUCCAGUACCCGGACGUCGAGUUGAGCAAGGUCAAUAUUGGACUGUCUUGAAGGAUUCCGAGCAACAUUGUUGUGAACCGGUUGAAUUUUCCUUGCGAACAAUACAAAAAUCACCAAAAUCUCAACCAGUAAAAGAUGUACUUCAUAGUUCGCUUAGUAAAAGAAAAUCUCUAAACACCGAGGUCGAUUUAACUGGUGAUACAAGUGGCUAUUCACUAGAGAGCCGGUCAGGUUAUGUUUCCAAGAAUCAUAGAAGCACUUUGUUAGGAUGA